AUGAUUGACAAUCUUAUGAUAAGACACCUCAUUUUGCCAAAUAAAAUCACCAAGGAAGAAAAUGACAUCAGGGCACUACACAUCUGCUGUAAAACUUUAAUAACUCAUAAUCCCACUAACUUUCUAUUGACAGGUCUUCCUAAACUGACUCUGACAGCUGAUCCUCAGAGUCCAGUGUUCACCGGAGACUCAGUUACUCUGAGAUGUGAGGGGAUUCAGUCACAGAAUGGAUGGGAGUUUCUCUGGAGAAAAGACUCAAACCCUGAAUCUACUGAAGAUCAAACUAAAACAAUCAAACCUGAGAAAGUCUCUGAUGGAGGAAAGUACAGCUGCAGAGCACGAAGAGGAGGAUAUUACACAGAUUACAGUAAACCUGUAACAGUAACAGUAUACGAAAGACCAAAACCCAGAGUGAACAUUAAACCUGAUCAACAUGUGUUCAGAGGAGAAACAGUCACUCUCAGAUGUGACAUAUAUGAUGAAGGAGUCACUAGCUGGAGAUACAGCUGGUAUAAAUAUAAUUCAAGAAGAGUUUUCAGGUAUGGACAGGAACACACAUUCAGUUCUGUUACUGAGUCUGUCUCAGGUGAAUACUCCUGUGAAGGAUCAGAGAUCAGAGGAUCACGCCGGUCACACACGAGUGAUAAAGUUACUCUGACAGUAUCAGAUCCCAAAUCAGUUUUAAGUGUUUCUCCACAGAAGUGGUUGACUGAAGGAGAUCCAGUGACUCUGAUCUGUGAGGUUCACAACUUCUCUACAGGCUGGACGUUCAGCUGGUUCACUUUAACUCAAUCACCAGAGAUUCAGUCCAGAAUAUCAUUUAAUAUAUUGUCUGGUUUUACAGGUGGUUAUCAUCUGCUCUCAGACAGCAGCAGAGGAGCAGGAGGAAGAUACAGGAUCAGUUCUGCUGCUGUAGAUCACACAGGAGUUUAUGUGUGCAGAGCAGAGAGAGAGAAAUCAUCUUAUAAAACACAGUACAGCAACAAACAGCUGCUGUGGGUCACAGGUGUUUCUGCUCCAGUCUCUCUGAGGGUCAGUCCCAGCAGAACUCAACACUUCAGAUCUGACUCUCUCUCUCUGAGCUGUGAAGACCAGAGUAACUCUACUGUAUGGAGAGUGAGAAGAUACACAGACAGUGAUCUGGAAGAUUGUUCAUCAAUAUCUCGAGGAUCACACACAGGAUCUACAUGUACAAUCAGUUACGUCUCUACAUCACACACUGGAGUGUACUGGUGUGAGUCUGAAUCUGGAGAGAAACAUCAUCCUGUUAAUAUCACUGUACACUCUGAAGUGAUUCUGGAGAGUCCUGUUCAUCCUGUGACUGAAGGAGAUAGUCUGACUCUACGCUGUUUAUAUCAAUACACAACUCCAUCAAACCUCAGAGCUGAUUUCUAUAAAGAUGGAUCACUCAUCCAGAAUCAAACUACAGAGAUGAUCAUCUCUCCUGUCUCAAAGUCACACGAGGGUUUCUACUCCUGCAAACACCCAGAGAGAGGAGAGUCACCCAAGAGCUGGAUCUCAGUCAGACUCUCAGCUUCUACAGGCUCAGUAUCUGAGGAUCUCAAACCCAUGAUAAUUGGAGUAACAGCAGGACUGACUGCAGUCUUCAUCGUUGUCUUCUUGGUUCUGCUCUGGUGCUACAGAAACAACAAAGGUGUUAAAACUCGGUCUCCUUCUACUGUGAGUCAAACAUCAGACCAGAACCAGAGUAACGCCGGAUACAAGACACUGCUGACUGGAACCGCUCAUAUUUAUGCCUCUGUCGAUGCAGCUGAUAAUAAUGACAGUGAGUCUUCAGAACACAUGUAUGCUGAGAUCGAGCUGAAAUCUACAAAUGAACAGAAGAAAAAUAAGGAAAACAAAGAGAAUAAAAGUGAGAGUUCUGAAUGCUUUUACUCUAAACUCACACUGAAAACAGAUCAAGGUGCUGGAUCUAGUGAUGUGACGUAUGUUGAGGUGGAUUAAAAAUAUCAAGAGGAGAAACCUUCUGGUUACAAAAUUUGGUGGAUGAUCUAUCAUCUACAAUUGAAUUUUUAUUAUAUAUAUGUAUAUAAAUAUUUAGCAUGUGAUAGAAAAAAUAUAUUAU